AUGGCAUCUACAAUAGACUACAAAGCCAAACAUGGUGACACACUCGAGAAGAUCGCUGCAGCAGCAGGCGUUUACCCAUCAGUAAUCAUCGACCUCAAUAAAGAUCUCCAGAACGGGCAAGAGAUACGUGCAAACAAGAUAUACAAAUUACCUCGAAGUGCCACCUCGAACAGCGCAAUGGCCAUAAGUGACCUGCUGGUUGAAUACAAUGCGAGAAAACGAGAGGCUGGUGGUGGUUGA